CACAUGUGCUCUAAAAAAUUUUAAAUAUUAUCAAGACGAAAAGAACUCCUUUCCAGCAGCACCAUGCCUAAAAUAACAACAUCAUCACUGUUGCUCAUCAUUAGUCUAUUAGGAUAUUAUGCACGCAUUGAUGCACAAAAUAUAGAAUCGCCGCAUUGCAGUUUUCCUGGUUCCCCAGCCCAUAGUACAGUAGUGUUUUCAAAUGUUAAUUUAACAGAUAGCACAAUAGCAUCAUAUUCCUGUGAAAGAGGUUUUGAAUUGUUGGGACCCGCAAGGCGAGUCUGUGAUAAAGGCACAUGGGUCCCAGAAGGAAUACCUUUUUGUGUACUUAAUGUUGCAGCUGGCAAAGCACCCAUGCAGAUAUCUACCGAAGGUACGGGCGCACCGCAAAAAGCUAUAGAUGGAUCAACUUCGGCGUUUUUUACACCUGAAACUUGUUCGCUCACAAAACCUGAACGAUCACCGUGGUGGUAUGUCAAUCUUUUGGAACCAUACAUGGUACAGUUAGUGCGCUUGGAUUUUGGAAAAUCAUGCUGUGGUAAUAAGCCUGCCACUAUUAUUGUGCGAGUUGGUAACAAUCGACCUGAUUUGGGAACCAACCCCAUUUGCAACCGUUUUACCGGACUUUUGGAAGAGGGACAACCACUGUUUUUGCCAUGUAAUCCACCGAUGCCUGGUGCUUUCGUUUCAGUACAUCUUGAAAACAACACACCUAAUCAACUUUCGAUCUGUGAAGCAUUCGUUUAUACAGAUCAAGCAUUACCCAUUGAGCGCUGUCCAACAUUCCGAGAUCAACCACCAGGUGCCUUAGCCUCAUAUAAUGGCAAAUGCUAUAUUUUUUACAACAGGCAACCAUUAAAUUUUUUGGACUCGUUGUCAUUUUGUCGUUCACGUGGUGGUACAUUAAUCAGCGAAAGUAAUCCGGCUCUUCAAGGCUUCAUCAGUUGGGAAUUGUGGCGGCGACAUCGCAGUGACAUAAGUUCACAAUAUUGGAUGGGAGCUGUCCGUGAUGCCGAAGAUCGAAAUACCUGGAAAUGGGUUAAUGGAGAAGAAGUAACUGUAUCAUUUUGGAAUCAUCCAGGUGGCGAUGAAGAUUGCGCUAGGUUUGACGGUUCUAAGGGUUGGUUAUGGAGUGACACAAAUUGCAAUACAAUGCUAAAUUUCAUUUGUCAACACCAACCAAAAACGUGUGGUAAACCGGAGCAGCCUCCUAAUUCUACAAUGAUUGCACAGAACGGCUUUGAAGUUGGAGCUCAAAUUAAAUAUACUUGCGAUGUGAAUCAUUUAUUAGUUGGACCUUCAACAAGAACAUGUUUAGAGACUGGUUUUUAUAAUGAAUUCCCUCCCGUCUGCAAAUAUAUCGAAUGUGGCUUGCCCGCUUCUAUACCUCACGGCUCAUAUGACCUAUUAAAUACAACUGUGGGUUAUUUGAGUUUGGUGAAAUAUUCAUGUCAAGAAGGUUACGAAAUGGUAGGCAGAGCUUUAUUAACAUGUGAUUUUGAUGAACGAUGGAAUGGGCCGCCACCACGCUGUGAAAUUGUCGAAUGUGACACUUUGCCUGGCAAUUAUUAUAGUACAAUUAUUUCUGCGCCAAAUGGUACUUACUUUGGAUCAAAGGCAGAAAUCUCCUGUCCUACAGGAUAUCGUUUGGAGGGCCCACGUAUAAUAACCUGUUUGUCUUCGGGACAAUGGAGCAGUACCCUACCACGUUGUAUUAAAUUAGAACCAUUGACACUUCCACCACCAUCACCAACACCUACUUUACCAUCUACUACAUCGUAUAGACCUAAAAUCACCACCACAACGACGAAACUAUACAAACCAACUACCACGUCUACCACUAGUAGCACAACUCACGCCACCAGUCAAAGACCAAAUGUUGAAAUAAAUGGAGAAACUGAUUCCGAUGAAGAAGUUACGUAUGUGGUACCUGGUACAGUGCGAGAGGAAUUCCCUCCUAGACGCACACUGCGUCCAGUGAUUAUACCUAAGAAAUCCAAUACCAGUCCAGCUUUCCAAACUCCUAGUUCCACUGCGUCUUACUCCACAAGCACUUCAAAACCAUCAUCUAGUUAUGGACAAACUCCCAGUCGUGUUCCCUAUGUUCCUUCGUCUACAGUGGAAACAUCAACUCAUAACAUACAAAAUGUCAUUCAAAAUGCCCAUCCUCAAGACAAUGAAAUUUCUGACAGUGUUAAUAUACGUCAUAAUCAAUCUCCUAACGUCAACAUCCCUAUAUCCGUUGAUAAUCCAGAUCGCAAAGAAACCAAGGAAGCGAAAUUGAAUUUGGGCGCAAUUGUGGCUUUGGGUGCUUUUGGAGGUUUUGUAUUCCUUGCGGCUGUAAUUACAACUAUAGUUAUUCUAGUACGCAGAAAUCGUACUACUCAACAUUACCGACAUAGAGCUUCUCCCGACUGCAAUACAGUAGCUUCAUUUGAUAGUUCAACUUCGGGUUCCAGAAACGGUUUAAAUAGAUAUUAUAGACAAGCUUGGGAAAAUUUACAUGAAUCAGCAUCUAAAAACAGUUCUCACAAUGCAUUGCGUCGUAAAGAAACUCUUGACCCUCCCAGUAUGACGCGCUCAAGAGAUAAUUUAAGAGAAAAUAUACAAAGGUCCAGAGAGAAUUUAGAACGUGUUGGUCGAGACAAUUAUGGGUUGCGUGAAAAUUCUGAAAUGGUCGUUUCCGACGUAUGUCUAAAAGAAAAGAAACGCCAUCAUCAUCACCAUCACAAAAAUGGUUCCUCACGCAAUGGCGAAUAUCGUGAUCAUUCGGCGGGCAGACGAGAUCAUCAUCGACAUAGUGGAGGACAUUAUUGACCAGCUAUGGUCAUAACCAUCAAUGUGGAACAAUAACAUAAAACCGGGCUGCAAUAUUCACAAACUAAAGUUAAAUGCAUUAAAAUAAUCCUAAUGUUAAAAAUCAAAACAACGAAGCAAUUAAGUAGUAAUUAUAAUUAGAGUAUCUAAUAUACAUACAUACAUAAAUAGAUACAUACAUAAGUAAAUUAUAAAAUUCAUAAUUAAGACUUCUUCAUCCACAAAGAAAAAAUAGUCAAUAAAUUUUUUCCAUAUAAGUACAUACAUACAUAUGUAUGUAUAUAAAGAUUUAGAGAAUAAGUGAAAACCUAUGUUCAAAACAUUGAUGCACCCAAGUAUUGAUUUAAAUUAAAACAAUGUUUAUUAACAGAUCCAAAAUAAAGCAUUAACAAGAAAAGUGCUACAUUUAAAACGAAUGGCACCUUUAAUUUAUUAACAAAUUAAAAAAAUUUAAAAAAAAGAAAAAAAAAACACUUCAUUAUGAAUAACUUGGUUUAGUUUAUUAAACAAUGCAUCAUGUAUCAAACAAUUUUAAGCUAAAUCGAUUUAUUCAUAAAGUCAUUUAAAACCAAAAUAACAAUUGUUUACUAAAGUAUAAACUAAAUACAUAUCUACAUACAGGCAUACAUUGAUAAAUAAAUAAAAAAAAAUAAAUACAUAAAUAUAUAAAUAAAUACAUAUGUACUUACUUACGUAUAUAGUGUGCCAUUUACCGGCAUAUUUACUAUACAUCGAAAUACAUUUCAUUAUAUACUUACAUACAUAUUUAUAUACAUACAUACAUACUUCAUUCUAUAUAUUACAUUAUCUACAUACAUAUUUAUAUACAUACAUACAUAAAUAUGCAGUAAAUCUACAUCCAUACAUAUCUAUUAUACAUACUUAAGUCAAAUAGAUGAACAAUUAAUUCAUUUAGUUACAUAGUUGUUAUUCAUGUACAUAAAUAUUAUGUAUUGUAUUUAGAUACAUUGAACAAUUUCAUUAUGCGAUGUUCAUUAUAUUUGUCUAGUUUAUAAAUAACACAACUUAAAUUAUUUAUUUUAUGUAAAUAAAAAACAUAUCCAUACAUAUCUACAUACACAAAUACAUAUUUAAAUAAAUGAAAAUUCUUUUUGACCUUUUCAAUGUGUA